AUGGGUGGUCGGGCAAUGGAGGGACUCAAUCUCGACAUCAAGUCGGCGGCGGAUGCUGCCGAGGUGUUUGGCAUGGUGGAGGCCAUGUCGCUCUGCUUCUUGCCGGAGCUUGUCUCGUCGUCGAUCUAUGAGACGACGACCACGUCCAAGACCCAUGCCAAGAAGCUCGGGGCGACGGCGCGCGAGCUCAAGGCUGCGCUCAAGGAUGCGCAGGAACAUGUGGCGUCGUAUGUUGAUGCCGCGACGAUGACCAAGGGCACGUCGACGUACGCGCCGGACGCGUCCGAGCUGACCUCGUCGCUGGAGGCUGUGGUGGCGUCUUUAGCGGCGGCGGCGUUGCAGCUGCAGCGCAAGGCGGCUGCCGAGUCGAUUGUCAAGCUUGGCCUUGACGCGCAGCACCGCGAGGACGGCGUCGGUACGGCGCUGACCAAACUCUUUCUCACCGUCGCCAUCUUUGCGGUCGGCCCGUCGAAGCUCGCGGCCAAGCAAGUGCUCUCAACGCUCGACGCUGUCGGCGAUGAGGUCACUGGUGCGUUUGAGCUCUUGUGGCAGGCAAUGGCCAACACGCCGGCCACGGCUGGAGCCGGGGCUCACGCUGCAGAGCCGGGAGCACUGCCGGCCCCGGGCACGGUGGUCUCGUCACCCAACGCGGGACAGCGCAAUAGCGGCGCCGGCGGCAGCGGAAGCGGCAGCGGCGACGGCGUGCUGUACGCGGUCUUGGGUGCACCCGAUGCUGGCAUCCAGGCGGCGGUCGAGGGCGUUGUCACCGAGCUGGUGCGUGUGGGCAAGGAAAUUGGGCGUGUGGCGCUCAAAAUCAUGGAGCUCGGCGUUGAGCCGUUCGAGCUGUUCCUGGCUCCGGGCGCAGGGCAUCCGUUUGUGCAGCUCUGGCGCAAGCUCGACGGCCUGCUCGCCGACUUUGCUAUCAAGGGUAUGGCGGUGCUGAAGGAGCUGGCGCUUGUGGCGCCGACGCUGGCGCACCAGGAGUUAACCCGACUGCAAGGGACGCUGGAAGGUACGGUUCACAUUUCGUCGUCGCUCAACACGGUGCUGCGGCAGCUGGAGGGCCUCUACCACCAGUACCGUGUGCUCAAGGCAUCCAACGCAGGCGCGGCGACAACCGACGACGCGGCCCAGCUUGUGCAGGGUCUGGCGGUGCGGGCACGCCGGGUGAUGGACAUCAUUUCGUCGACAACGUUUGAGGAGAUCGACACAACGGCCCACACCGCUGAAGUCCGGUCGCUCAUCCAAGAGUACGCUCGGGCGGUGGCGUCCAACUCGAGCCCGCGGUCCGAGUCGGAGGAGGCCGCGCACGUCGACUCGUUCAUCGAGCAGCUCAUUGCGGUCAUCCGGUCUGUGGUCGGUGACUUUGAGAUCUCGCUCAUCAACAAGAUCAAUGACGUGCUGCUGCAGUACCCGCACCUCAUUGCCAUUGUGGACCAGUCUGCCGCGUCGGGCUCGGACUCGGCGUCGACCAUCCAGCGAGUUGUUCGCAAGUGGCUCUGCUCCAAGGAGCCGAUGAAGGAGCAGUUCCCCAAGGCGUCAGCCGUCGACUUUUUCGACUCGUGGCUCGACGGCACCGCCCUCGUCCGUCUCCUCAACGAGAGCCACCCGGGCCUCGCCGCAGCGCUGCCGAGCCCCCCGACCGCAAGCGGGCUUAACCGCUCGACCGAGAUCCGCCUCGCAAGCCUCGACGCGGUGGCCAGCUCCGAGCUCAUCGCCUACCUCUCGGCCCUCAACAAUGCGCUUGGCUCGCUGCCAGGUCUUCCGCUGGCGGGCUUUGCGCGGCUAGUCCACGAUGAGUCGAUGCCGGUGGUUGACGCCGCCACCCGCUGGUCCCCGCUUCGGGCCCACUGCCUCACCGCGGUGCUGAUGAUGCUGCAGGUUCAUGAGCUCGGUCCGGACGCCAUCAAGGCGCAGCUCGACGUGGUCCGCCACGAGCACGUCCACGACGACGACGACGACGACGACGCGGGCGAGGCUGAUGGCAAGCACACCAACGGGCGCAGCGCUGGAUUGGGCUCGGGUGUCGCUGCUGACACUGCGGGCGCUAGCGCAGCAGCGAGCAGGGUGUCGAUCGGCUCGUCGUCGACGUCGCCGAUGGCCUCGCCGCGGUCGCCGCGCGACGCGCCAAGCAGCUCGGAGAAGCCCAAGCCGCUCAAUUUGACCAACGUGGUGGCGGCGCAGCGGCGGCCGUCGGUCGACCGCGCGUCGCCACGGAUGAAUCCCGAGUCCUCAGACGACGCCAUCCUGCAGGCCUCGGUCACCGUCCUCCACGCGGCUAAGAAGCUCGUCAACGCGCCGCCCAGCGGCCUGCUCAAGCAGGGCAAGGAGCUGCACAUGUCUCUAGUCGGCCUCCGCGACCUCAUCCUCAACCAGGUCAAGGUCCGAUCGGAUCCGUCGUACAGCGAGACGAACAAGCGGAUCCAACGCCGGUGCAACGUGCUCUUCGACUCGGCCACGUCGCUGCUCAAGGCGUGCAAGGUCGAUGCGCCCGCCGACGAGCGAAAGGCAAUCAUGUCCGGCAUGGCCGACGCCGUCUCGUUCAUCACUUCGCAGCAGGUCUCGAUCAAGUCCAUCCGCUCGCACGCGCGCUCGGCCCUUCUCCUCGCCAAGGACAUCAAGGCGCUGAACGCACCGGACAGCCACAUCGCCGACCAGUUUUCGGCCGCGGCUGCCGCCUUUUCGCGCGCCGUCUCCACGCGCGUUCUCGGCAUCGGAUCCUCAGCUUCGGGCAUGGCGGUCCUCGACCUCCUCGACGACGUCGACGCCAAGGCUGCCGACUUUGCCGCUGCGGCAAGCUCGGACAUUUCGACCGCGCGGGCCUCGUCCGACGCGUACUCGUCAUCGCUGGCGGCGCUGCUCUCGGCGCUGACCUGAGCGUGCUAUGGUGUAAAGAGUUGCGUGCGACUA